AUGACUGAGGGAACGUCGAGAAGGGAGCUGCUCCAGCUUUCCCUGGCCGUGACCACAGGAGCCCUUGCAGCACCGAUCUCUCCUGCCUUAGCUCAAGAUGCUUUCAGCUCGUCGUGGCCACAACAUGACGGCAAGUUCAAAGAGGAAGAAUUUGCUGAUUUUAAGGUAUUCAGGAUUUUUGGAUUUGGCUCUUUUGAUCGCAUCCUGCAGGUCUCUGCUUCAGGGAUCAAGUACAAGGAUGUGGUGGUAGGCGAAGGAUCGUCCCCCUCCCCAGAAGACACAGUCAGGGCUCACUAUGCCGGGUACCUUCUGGAUGGUUCGCUCUUCGACUCGUCUUACCGCCCUGCCCUCUUCCCUUUCUCACUCAUCACGCCCGACGGACCUCCAGUCGCGUUCAGGCUUGGCAGAGGCUCACUGAUCCCCGGCUUCGAGGAAGCGCUUCUGGGGAUGAAGACAGGGGGGAAGAGAGUCGUUUUGAUCCCUCCCAAGCUCGCAUACGGCGAGAGAGGAUCAGGGCCGAUCCCUCCCAACUCGCCCCUUGUCUUCUAUCUGGAGCUGCGAACCAUCGGGGGUGGAAUGACGCUGUGA